UUUCCACAAAACUGCCGCCUCAUCACCAUCAACAUUCUUACCCACUAACACGCCUCUACCAAUCUUGAACGUAUAAGUGGAUUAAUCCUUGUGUUUCCUCUUUUCAUCUAAAAUUAACAACAAACCCUAAAGAACCAGUACAGCUACAGCAUAUAUAUCAAGCUUUUUCCCAGCUACGCAUUCUCAGCUUUAUAAAUAUAUUCCAAUUUCCAACAUAUGCAAUCUCUAUGGUUUCUAGAGAUGGGAUUGGGAGAGAGGAAAAGAGCUGAGAUUGCAUCGCCAUGCGCAGCGUGCAGGAUUUUGAGGAGAAGAUGCGACCCAGAUACAUGCGUGCUGGCUCCUUACUUUCCUCCCCAUGAUCCUCAAAAGUUCGCUUCUGCACAUAGAGUAUUUGGUGCAUGUAACAUUAUCAAAAUGCUUCAGCCUAUUCCAGAGGAGCGCAGAGCGGAUGCAGUGAGUAGCAUGGUGUAUGAGGCAAACGCGAGGGUUAGAGAUCCUGUCUAUGGCUGCACUGGAGCCAUUUCUCAGCUGCAACAUCACAUAUUUACACUGCAGUCCCAGUUGGCUAAAGCUCAAGCAGAGCUAUUAUUCAUGCAUCUACAGCAUAGUAAUCUUUUGUCCAUCAUCGCUGGGGAUGAAUUGGGAGGAGGAUUUAGCUUUCAAUCAUCGUCUCUCACCCAAGAGAAUCAAGACGAUCAUAUUACUUAAAAGCUCGAGAAUUCGGGCACCUUAUGGAAGCUCCUAUAAACGGCCAGGCUCUUCAAAAUUUUGUGGCUUAGCUUCGCCCCCUUAUCACCACCUUUUCUUGUUAUAAUCAAGGGACUUGCCCAAAUUGUUGUUGAUUCUCACAUAUGAUAUUUGGAUUAUUUCACUUCUGAUUGGGUCAGGUUUGAUUUCUGUGAAAUAUUAACAGAUGGGAUCUUCCUGUUCAUAGUUCUUUAGUCUUAACAGAUGGGAUUCUCCUGUUCAUAGUUGUUUAGUCUUGGUUGUUUAGUCAAAUAAAUUUUUUUAAC